CAAAUUUAAUUAAGAUUUUUUAUAACUAAUCACACAAUCCUAAAAUAUUAAGUAGUAGGUAGCAAGCUAGCUGUUCUUUUUCAAACAUUAUAAAUAGCUUAAUUCAGCAGAUAUUUGCAAAAUUUAUAAUAGACUUAAAACAAAAAAAGCAAAGCCAUUAUCUGUUAAAUAAUGAGACCAGGACCUAAGAAGCCAUUUAGUAUAAAAAAAAGCGACUACGAAGAAGUUGAUGCUCUUAUUGCAAAUGUAAUGAACAAUAAAUAACCAUAAAAGGGAUAUUAAAUUCAGCAGAGUUAAAAUGACGAAGAACAAGUUAAGAAUAUAUCAAGUCGCCCCUAGUUUAAUUUGCGUAAAGGGACAGAUAAAGGAAGGGAUAGUCCCUUCAUUGAAAGUACAGAAGACAAUGAAUUUACUUCAAGUUAAGCAGAGUCUUCAUAAAGCUAAAUACAAUCUUUUAAACCUCAAAAAAUGGCUUUUAAAAAGGCUCCAGGAUCACUUUCACAUUAACAAAAUGAAAUCGAUUAACUAAUUUAAAGUGAAAUGCAAAAUAAAAAUCCUUUGAAAAAACCUUCUCCAUAUGACAGUAUUAAGCCUUUUGCCAAAAAAACUAAUUUGACUACUUCGAAGCCAAACAGUGAUACUAAUUUCGAGGAUAAUUCUAAUAACUAGGAGUAGCCAUUAUCGAAUUCUAUCCUGACCAAACCAUCAUUUAGUAGUAGGCCUAUUAGAAAGAAAGAAGAAAAUUUAAUAGAACCAGCAAAUCUAAGAAAGCAAGACGAGGAAGACUAAACGAUAGUAUAAAGCAUUAAGCCUUUUGAUAAAAAAAGUAUGCUAAAUCCUUCAAGAGGUCUAAAGAAUUAACCAUAGUAGUAAAGUGAAUAGUAUUAGCAGAUAUAAGAAUAACCAAGACCGAGUUCAUAGACUAGGACAAUAAAUAUUAAAAAGAAAUUAGAUACUAAAAUAAAACAGUAAAUAAAUUACAUGCCUAUAUAAACUCCAAUUAUCAACAAAGAGGAGUCUUAAGAAUAUGAACAAGAAUUUGAAGACUAUGUUGAAGAUAAGCCAAAAUAAUAAGCUAUAAUAGCUGCAAAACCUAAUUUACCAAUACCAGAAAAAGGUUAGAUUGAUUGGAAGGAGUAGGAAAGAAAAUAAAAAGAGCAAGAGGAACUCUUAAGAAUUUAGAGAGAAUAAGAAGAAAAAAGAAGGAAAGAAGAGGAGGAGGAAAGACGAAUUUAAGAAGAGAGAAGAAGAGAUGAAGAAGAAAGAAGAAAAGACGAAUAAAGGAGGAGAGAAAUUUAAAAGGCUGCCAUGAUAAACAUUCACCAACAUUAAUAGCACUAAGUCUAAAUAGAUAAUGUUCCAGGAGGUUUAUUAGUAGGCAAGCAAGGUUAUGAUAAGAAUAUUUUUAGUGCUUAACCAAUGAAUAAUUAGCUUGAUAGCUAUUAGUAGAAUUUUGAUUAAGUACCUGCUUAGCCUUCAGUUUAAUAAGCAAAGGGCAAAGCAAAACCUGUAUUAAAAGAUAAGUAUCGUGAAGAUUAAAGUGAAAGACAGCAACCUUAAUAAUAAUAAUAAUAAUAAUAAUAAAUUCAAAUAGAAACAAGAAACCUUGUUAUUGCAAAUAAAAAAGGUGGUAUGUAAUAUCAAAAUGAGCAAGUGUAACAAUAACCUUAAUUUUAAAGAUUUUAGCAACAGAAUGAAAUGUAACAACAACAACAGUAAGUUUUAGUUGAAGAUUAAUAAUAUAGUAAAAAAUAAUAAGAGUUUGGUUAUGCAAAAAAUCAGUAUUAGGAAGAAGAUCAAAAUAUUUACAAUAAUUUCUCCUAAAAAGAAGUCAAACUUUAACCACAAUAUGACCCAAAAGGAGAAUACAUAGAAGGAGAUGAAAUGAAAGUUAAUUUAAAACUAAAUGAUAAGAAAACCUCUUUGGCUAAAAUUGAGGCUCAAUAAGAAAGAGUAAAGAACUUGAAAUAGCUUAUAUAGCUUGAGUUAGAUACAUUUGAAACUCUUUUUGAACUUCAGCCUACAACUGACUAUGAAAUAUACAUUAAUAAGAUUAAAGCAGGUACAUUGAAAAAUUCUGCUGAUCAAAGUGAUGAUAACAGAGUGACCUAAGAAAUACAAGCAGAUUUAUUCUAAUAAAAUGAGUUUGGUAAUCAAUUUCCUGAAGAUUAAACAAGAACGUUUUUAAAAACUAAUGUUGGUGUAGCUUAAUAAGUUACAGAGUCGAUAUAAACAUAAACAGAGCCUUAAAUAGAAAACGUUACAAAGAAUCUAGAUGAUGCUACUAAGUUGAUAGAGUUCAUGAAUAAUGUCUAUCCUGUGUUUGAGGAGAUUUUAAAUUCUGAAAAAAGUAACAACUAAGGUAACAAUGACAAUUUCCUCUCUGAAGAUGUUAGGAGAUAUCCCAUUCCCAAAUUUAUUUCAGAUAAAUUCAAAAUACUUGGAGUAAGAACUACUUUGAAUGAUGUAAAGGAUUCCUACAUAUGCUACGAUAUAAGUUAAGAAGGGAAUGAGUGGUUCCGUUUGAGUUUAAUAAUUAAAUAUACAAAUUUCCGUGUGGUAAAAUACUGCAUAACACAAAGUUAGGUAUCAUCUCUUGCCCACUCUAAUAAUAUCCUUAUAGCUGGUACAAAAGAAGGUUCUUUGAAUUUAUGGGAUCUUAGAGAGACUGAGUUUUCUCAUUAAAAGGUUUCAAAUAAAUAUAUUGAUGCAAUAAAAGAAGGACUAGAAAAGAAUGAAUCUGUGAUAAACUCAGCACCAACUUCUUCAAAAUCUCUUGCAAUUGACGAAGAUACUUUUGAAGCAAGCUUAGCCUUCCGUUUCCCUAGUUUUACAACAGAGUAUCUAGUACAAAAUGCAAAUUUAUUACUCAAUGAAACAGAAUCUGUACAGCACUCAAGUUCCGUAGUUAAGAUUUUAAUUAAUACUAGAAAUAACUAAAGUCUAGAGUUUUUUUCUCUUGAAGAAUUUGGAAAAGUAAUUGUAUGGAAUCUUUUAGAAUUAUAACAGUAAGAAGCAGAAAGAAAUUACAUUGAAUUUGGUAAAUAUACAAAAAUCAAGGUAAUGAGUUAAGGAUUCAUCAAUUUAAGCUAAUAAAUAUUUAUGAAUCCUGACUCGAUUUGCUAUGACAUACAGCUAGACUCCGAAGAAAACAACUUAUACAUUUGCUCAUCUUUAGGGAUAAUAAAAGCUGAUAAAUUUUGUACAAACAAGAUAAAGCACCCUAGAGUAUUUGGAGAGCACAGAACUACUUCUUUUCCUACUUGUCUAUUUGUUUCUAAUGAGACUGAGCUACUUGUUGCUGGGUAUUCUGAUGGAUCAAUAAAAAUGUUCUCAAAAAAUUUCAAAGAUCCGUUGCUUACUUUUACAAAUUUUACAAGACAAAAGAUAACUAAAAUAUUCGUAAAUUAACAGACAAAUAAAUCAACAAAUAAAAAAUACUAUGACAUAAAUCGCUUGAUAGCUAGUGACGCCACUGGAAAUAUUUUCCUUUUUGACCUUUCAAUAAAUUAAUCAAGUCCAAUUAAGACAUAUCAGCAAAUCUCUAAGAUUAAUGCAUCAUAAAAGAAAGCGGUUUCUGUACAAAACAUACCUGAUAUGAAUGGUGUAGAAAUCUUUAUUUAGAAUGAAUAAAAUUAAAUUAGCUCAUUUAAAUGGAAUUAUGAUGAUCUAGUAGAAAAAAAUCCUAAAAAAAUUUAUGAAGAUAUGAAAAAACUUGAACUUAUUAUUCCAACAUAUUAUCAUGAUUUUGAUUUUGGAGGUGGAGAUGAAAUUCUUAUUUGA